AUAAGACACGGUUAUCAGUCGCAAGGAGUGUUAUUGCAAUCAGAUCAAAAUAUUCACUGCAAGAGAAGAUUACUCCAAUGAGUUUACAAUAAAGUAUGAGUACAGGCGACAGCAGCAAAUCAUGUACUACAGUUGAAAGUAUUCCCAUUCGGCGGCCAUGGGGUCGACUAUGGCUGCACGCAGCCAUCAUGAGUGGGCGAGAUUUUCUUUAUGCCGUAGAAGUAGUGCUAGUCACCCCAGUGCUGUUACAACUUGGUGUUCCGGAGCACUUAUACAGCUAUAUUUGGCUUUGUAGUCCCACAGCAGGUCUUCUUCUUGGACCCGUUUUCGGAAGUUUAAGCGAUAGAUGUAAAUCGAGAUGGGGCAGACGGAGGCCUUUUGUUGUCUUUUUUGUUAUAAUAACCAUUGUGGCACUGACGUUACUGAUAUUCAGCAAAGACUUGGCAUUGUUGUUUACCGAUUCCCUAAGGGAACUGCGAAUAAUGGGAAUAGUAUUCGGGGUAAUUGGUUCACAAGUGAUGGACUUUUGCGUUGAUCAGCUUGAGGGAAUUCUUCACGCAUACACACUUGAUGUUUGUAGUGAUCUUGACCAACAACGAGCUUUUACAAUUCAAAUUUUUUUUAUGGGACUUGGGGGAUCACUCGGAUUCAUAGUUGAUGGCAUCAAGUGGAGAGACGUAUUCCAAUAUUUUACUGUUGAAUUCCAAACCAAGGUGGUGUACAUAUUUGCAGUCACAAUUUAUCUUGGUUCUGCGGCUAUGACCUUAUUCAGCAUAAAAGAGCUGAGUUUGACGAGAUCUCAUUGUGACACUGAAAAGACUUCAAUAGUUGCAGAAAUGAAAAAUGAACGCGAUAACAAUGUACCACUUGACAAGUUGGGAGAAAAGCCAAAGAGCGAUAAUGAAGAAACAUCGGCCUCUAUAGGAAAGCUGUGGUCUUCGAUUUUCACUAUGCCUGCUGAACUACGUUAUCUGUGUUUGUCCUUAUUAUCCAGCUAUACGGGAAUCGAAGUUUUACUACUCUGGUACACAAAUAUAUUUGGAAGCGUGGUCUAUGGAGGAAAUGCUACGGCCCCCGUAAAUUCCACGGAGUUCAAAUUGUACAACGAUGGAGUUCAUGCAGGAUGUUGGGGUUUGACAAUGUAUGCUCUGUCAAUGCUUUUAUUUUCUGUGACUUUAGAAUACUUUGACAUCUUCUCCAAGAUAUCCCAACGUGUCGUUUAUUCCGGAGCUCAAUUAGUGACAGCUAUUUCCGCGGCUGUAAUGUUUGUAUUCCCGUAUGACUACGUUAUGUAUCUUUCGAGUUGGACCAUUGGAAUUACUGUUGGCGCUGCUCACACUCUCCCAUUCAUUUUAGUUGGAAAAUAUCAUCGAGAUGAAAAGUAUGUGACAAAAAGUCCAGGGAAUACAAGGCGAGGAUACGGGAUCGAUUGUGCGAUACUUGCUUGCCAGAUGUAUGCAGGGAACAUUGUUUAUGCAUUGAUAAGUGGGCCCAUAAUUGCCUAUUAUGGAAAUUCAAGAAUAAUGAUGUUGGUUGCUUCAAUAUGCUUUACAAUUUCCUUUAUGCUAUGCGCCAUUAUGGUUAAGUAUCCCGGGGAACAAAGUUGCCAUCUUUGCAAGAUGCGAAGCACAGAAGAUGAUUCUUGACCAACACGUAUUUUUUGACCCCUGUACGAAUUUAUUGAGAGUACUGUUAAAACACUUUUGUUGUUAGUUGUUCGUACUUAUUAAUUAAGCUACCUUUAGAAAGACGACCCUACCUCUGAGAGUUUUUCCGGCUCCCUCACUAUCCAAACUCUUAAUAUUUAUUUGUAUGCCUCGAAUUAAUAUUAAUAAAACAUAUGCAGCAUGGCCACGAAACCCUUUUCGUAGGCUGUCAGUGAUGCAGCCCUCGUAAGAAAGCUUAUACAUUAUUUGUACUAGGUGCGACCUCGAACUUUUUACCAACAAAUAGCGA